AGUGUAAUUUUCCUGUUUUAAUUAAAUAUAUUUAUUUGAUCUUGUUAUGUUGAUCUCUGGGCUCUGGUUUCAAUAUAUUUCUUAGCCCCUCACUUUCUUAUAUUUGAAACCCUUCAAGCUUGUCACUAACUGUAUCCUCUUUCUUGUCUCUACACUCUUUGUUUGAAGCAUUCCUUUGAGAGAACAAAAAUGUUAGCUAACUGCGAGAAAAUGGUUACCAUCCUUCCACCAACUACUAACCAAUGGCCACAGAAUCAAAUAGAUGAUGGUAAGAUAAUGGAAAAACAAGGUCAAGAGCUUCUGCAACAGCAUCAUCAGCAGCAGCAGCAACAAGCACUCAAGUGUCCUCGUUGUGAUUCCUCAAACACAAAAUUCUGUUACUACAACAACUACAGUUUGUCACAACCAAGACACUUUUGCAAAGCCUGUAAACGUUAUUGGACAAGAGGUGGCACUCUUAGGAAUGUUCCUGUUGGUGGUGGCUACAGGAGAAACAACAAACGUAGUACUAGUAGUAGUAAUGGUCCUACUUCUACUACUACUCUCAUCAAAAGACCAAUAUCCACCAUUGAAACCGCUACUACUUCUAAUUCUUCUUCUCCUUCUUCAACUCCUAGUUCAACUUCAAAUCAUAUGAACCCUAUGUUUUAUGGCUUAUCUAGUACUAAUAACCCUUGUGAUCCGAAUCUUCCAUUUUCAAGGUUCAAUAUUACUUCUAGGCUCUCAACAAGCUCAGGUUAUGAUCUUCAGCCUCAGAUGAAUUUUUUUGGAUUAGGUUUUUCAUCUGGGUUUGAAAAUAAUAGUUAUACAAACGGGUUUAAUACUUCAAAUAAUAACUAUGAUUCAAUCUUUGGUUCUUCAACUUCUGCAUCAAAUAAUACAUCAGUUAUGCCUUCUGUGUUGAGCUCUACUCUACUGCAACAUAAAUUCUUCGACGAUGGUUUGAAAUAUGGUUCAGAUGCAGGUAGCAACGGCGCUUUCCAAGACUUACAAUUUGGCUCAAAAAUGCAAAACCAGAUGGAACAUAUUGGUGGUUUUUAUGAUCCCGCUUCUUCAAUUUACUUGAAUGCAACAUCAUCAUCGGCUAUUGGUGUUUGGAAUGACCAAGGUGCAAAUAAUAUUGGUUCGUCCGUUACUUCUCUGAUCUAGAAUGAAUAAUUGACUCAAGUUCAAGUUCAAGUUCAAGGUUAUCUUUAAUUUGGUCCUUUUGUUUAGUUUUACUGAUUAGGUUUCUGUGUUUUUUUGUUUUGUUUUGUAUUUUUGGGUUGGGUUUAGUUACAUUUAACUUUAUUGAAAAAAGAAAAAGAAGGAAAAAAAAAGAUACUUGUUAGAAAAAUGGGAAAGUUAAAGGUGUGAGAGAAGAGUGUACUUUGGAACUUUGAUCAGAGAGAUCCUAUGUCAGCUACAUCCUUCAAAUUACUUCAGCUAGCUGGUUGGUAUGAAAAAAUUUGUGUUUGUGUUACGAUAAACUUAUUCACUUUUUCCAAUUAUUACAGGUCCCUGUGUCAGUGAUCGGGGUGUCGUGUUUCAUAGGUUUUAUGUUGUUUUUCAGUUUGUAUUAUGUGUAAAUAUUGGAUGACAUGAACUAGUCCUUGAUGAAAGGAACUAACUUUGUGAUUUUGGAUAAGGGGGGAAUGGAAAUACAUUUGGUAUAAUGGUAUAGAAGAGAAGGAAAAAUGUAUGUGGGUGGUUUAGUUCUAAGUUAUGUUGUUGUUUUUCUUCAUGUAUUGGUGAUUUAAUUUGAGAAACUUGUUUGGUCCA